AUGUUGCCAAGAACAUUGAGAAGAUCACUUGUAACGUUAGCCGCGCUCACCACACCAGUGUAUACUCAGAACAACGCGUCGCAGGAACCAUGCGCUCAGCUCAGCUCCCUGGCGACGAACGACGCCACGUUCUUUCCAGCAAACGUUGCUCUUUCGUGUCUGCGUUCUGUCCCACUUGCAAAAGCAGGUGAUCUGGUCCAGCUUCAAGGUCUGCGUGCAUUUCUGGAAUUCCAGAGCGACUUGGAGUACCUCAAGGAUCCUACUAUUGGUCGAAUCUAUCCUGGUGUGGAUAUUCUUGCUGGCUUGGACAAACUCACCUCGCUGCUCGAGGAUGAUGCCUAUGACAACGAAUACGAUUUCCAGACGGAUGUUUCCAGGAUAUUUUCCUCGGCUUAUGAUGGCCAUCUGGCGUACGUCCCUGACAUCACCGCUGUCUUUGCUUUCGGUAGACUACAUACCGAAGAUCUAGACGAUUCAGGUGUUCCGUCGUACUUCUCCUUGAUAUCUAUCACCACUGGCGACAACGUAACCCCAGAAGUCUACGCAUAUAUGGUUCAGAUCAAUGGCGAGGAUAUCCUGAGCUGGCUCAACAGUUAUGCGUCCCAGGACGGCCGAUCCCAGGACCCAGAUGCAAACUACAACCAGUUGUUUGUUAAUAUUCCCGCAUUGUUGUAUCAGGGCGUCGAGACGAAUUACUUCGCUCUUUCCAGAUACUAUCAAGGCGAUAACACUGUACUGAGGUUCGCUAACGAGACGACACGGGAUGUGAUUACACGAGCACAGCUACUGUUCAACGCAACACUAGAGGGACUGACUGAUGGUGCGAGCUUUUUCGAGAGGUUCUGUAACAAGAAUUUGACGGAGACCAUCCUGGCACAAGCAAGCUCAUCGUCUUCUCAGACGACAUUAACCGAAACUCAAGUUCCCUUCGAGCCUGUAUCGACAAAAGGUCUUCCACCACCUCAUCCUGCCUAUCCAGACCCGAUUGCGAUUUCUUCGGACAACAGUGUUGCUGGCUAUCUCUCCGAAUCUAUCUCGGAACUUGCUAUCCUUGCUAUCCCGAGUUUUACAACGAGCUCACCGAUUGAAUUUGAGAACGUUGUACGGCAGCUGCUGGCAACGGCGAGUGAAAAUAACCGCACCAAACUUGUAAUUGACUUUCGCGGCAACUCAUGGCUUCUCAAAAAUCCACGUCUGUCACGUGUCAAAGGAUCCCAGGUCCAGGGAAUGUUCACCUUAUACUCAAUCGUCAGUGCAGUCAUCACCGCCGCGCCGAUAUCCGACCAACUCGAGUUCGUCACCAAAUUCGGAAUAGACUUCGUUCAGGCUACCACACAAGCUCUCAGUCGUGCUGCUCCAGGAGGCGCGGUGAUUGUACAAGCCAGUCUCAAUUUCCGCAACAAUAUCCGUCAAGGCGACGACUCGGUGACUCCACUACAGCAUAUCUACGAAGCAGCAGAUUGCAGAUUCUUCUACACGCCUGAGAUGUAUGCCUCGCAAGCAGCUGUGUGGGAACGCGCUUAUAAUUCAACUUGGGGAGAUAUGGAGUGUAUUGAGGGUUCUACCGAGCAUCCUUCUUCUGUUAGCGGUGGUAGUGAUGUUACCGCUGGACCUCCGGGGAUGGCAAGUAACUUCUUUGGAGGAAACAACACAAUCUUCCUGGGAGAGCAACUGGCAUCUGCGCUUCUUGUGAAUAGUACCUCUGGCAAUAGCACGGAUACUGUUUCUGGAGCGGGCUCGACAGCAGGAAACAAUGGUGCCGAAGGUGGUCAAGGUAGUGGAGACUCCGAGGGCGGAUCCACUUAUGUUUCUGUCCCUACCGUCUUCGCUACCUUCAUGGCUUUAGGCCCUAUCAUGCUCUCAACUUAUUAG